AUGGUCUUCCAGAAGAAGAAGGCAGAGGUGACGGUGCGAACCUCGCAGUUCAAGGUGAACAAACUGCUGAACCGCAAGCAAUUCGUUGUUGAGGUGAACCACCCCGGGUGGUGCGGCACUGUUCCCGCGAAACUCAUUCGCAACCGCCUCGCGUCGCUCUACAAGGUCGCUGACGAGAACCAAAUUUCCGUCUUUGGCUUCAAGACGAAAUUCGGUGGCGGGAAAACGACUGGUUUCGGUCUUAUCUAUGAUGACCUUGCUGCCAUGAAGCGCAUUGAGCCCAACUACCGUAAGGCUCGCUUGGGUAUGGGUAAGAAGAAGCUUCCGGCUCGUAAGUCAGUGAAGGAACGCCGCAACCGAAACAAGAAGAUUCGUGGCAAGGCGAAGGGCAAGAUGCAGACAAAGAAGAAGUAA